GGCCCCGGACACCCUCGUCCUCCACCGGACCACCGCGGCGCCACUCCCCUUCGUCGGCCGCCACCCUCUCCGCCGGUCCCCUGCCUUCGCCCCCACUCCGUCCGCGAGCCCGGCAGGCGACGCCGGCGGCCAAGCCCCAUCGCCCGCCCCUCUCCCCGCCCUAUCAAACACCCCCUCUACCUCCAACUUUGCCCCCAAGAUGGUCUCCUCCGUCCCCACCCCCACGGCGGCGGCGGCGGCGCCCGAGUCACCGUCCACCAUCACGGACGGCGCCGUCAGCGGCACACUCCCGCGGACAGAGGCCUUCGCCGUGCACUACCCUGGAUACCCCUCCUCCCCCGCUCGCGCCACCCAUACCCUCGGCGGCCUCCCCGCCAUCGCCAAGGUCCGGAGUUCUGACCCUGGUUCCCGCCUCGAGCUCCGCUUCCGCCCGGAGGACCCCGACUGCCACCCGACAUUCGGCGAGCCCCGCGCCUCCACCGGCCUGCUCCUCCGCCUCUCAAGGCCCAAGGGAGGCUCCGCGCCACCGCGUGCCGAGGUGGUGGCGCGCGUCCGGACCGCCUACCAUUUCGAUGGAUUUUCUACAAGCAAAUUUGCUCAUACACAAGUUUAUGCAGGCAUGGCAGAUUUUCAGCAUGUCGUCCCAGUUCAUGCUGCUCAAGUGAGAAAAAGAAAACGGUUAGAUUGUCCCAGUGUUAAAGAUGAUUUAGGCACUGAUAAGGCAGGAGGUCUAGACAUGGAUGAUGGAGAUGUCAUGAUGUUGGUACCACCACUCUUCGCAAUAAAGGAUAAUCCAACAAACAUAGCGCUUCUACCAUCGACCAAUGCACUAUCCAAGAGCAUGCAAAGGGGAGUUGUGCGGCAUCGGUGGGAGAUGGAUAUUGAACCAACCCUUGCGCUUCCUUUCAACAUUCAAGCUGUCCCCAAGAAGGUUAACUGGGAAGACCACAUACCAAGGAAUUCAUCAGAGUGGGAUUCACAGAUGGCUGUGUGCAAAUUAUUUGACGAGCGUCCUGUGUGGCCAAGACAGUCACUUUAUGAACGUUUGCUUGAUGAUGGUGUGCAUGUGUCAACAAGCCAGUUCAAAAGCCUUUUGUUUAAAGCUGGAUACUACUUCUCUACUGGACCCUUUGGUAAAUUCUGGAUCAAAAAAGAAUAUGAUCCUCGUAAAGAUCCCGAGUCACGAAUAUAUCAGCGGAUUGAUUUUCGCAUGCCUCCUGAGCUAAGGAAUCUUCAAACGAAAAGGCACGAUGGAUCUGAGAAGUGGUCAGAGAUGUGCAAGCUUGAAAGGAUGCCAUCGAAAAGUUUCAUCUUCCUGCAAUUAUUUGAACUGAAGGAUGACUUCAUUCAAGCCGAAAUUAGAAAACCUUCUCAUCAAUCAACUUGCUCACAUUCGACAGGUUGGUUUUCUAAGCCAAUGAUUAAAAGUUUGAGGUUACAACUAUGCAUAAGGUUCCUCUCAUUAUGUCCUAAUGAAGAUGCCAAAACCCUUUUGAGAAGUUCCCAUCAACUUCUUGAAAGGUCCAAAAAGCAGGAAGCUAUUUGCAGAUCCGAGCAACUGAAGGAAAGAAAAGAUGUUGAUGAAGAAGCGCCUGCUGAACAUGUUGGAUCUGAGGAUCAGAUGGACACUAACAACUCUGAUAGUGAAGAUGCUGAUGACGAGGAAGAGGAAGAUAAAGAGGAAUCAGAUGGUUAUGAUUCUCCAGCCAUGGCCGAGGAUGUUCCUGAUUUCGCCUUACAUGAGUCCUACACACUUGGAGAAGGCUUCUCCACUGGAUACCUUGAGGAGGUGUUGCGCAGCUUUCCACUGAAUGAAGAUGGCCAGAAUAAAUCAGGUGAUGCCCUUAAUAAUGGUGAAGCAAGUGAUGGGGAGUUUGAAAUUUUCGAACAGCCUAGUGACGAUGAAGAGUAUUCCGAUGGUUAGUGGGGCCUUUUGGGGGAGUGGCAAGAUAUCCUCAGGUUAAAUUUUAUGGGCCGUUGUCGACAGUACUUUGUUCAUUAGAUUUUAGGCUCUAAGCUUGUUUAGGAUUUCAUAGCAGGUUGUUUAGCUAUCUAUGGAGCUAGAUAUUUAGCCUUGUUAACAUGAUAUUGGAUGUCACUAGAAGCAAGUUCACUAUAA